GAAUUCUCAAGUAAGUUAAGUCUUAAUUUCAUAUUAUUUAAUUAUUUAUUAAUUUUACUGCGAUGUACUCUUAAAACUUAUUAAACAUUUAUCAUUAGUUUUUACAAGUUGACUUGUAGACACAUUUAGUUUAUAUCGCUGCAUGUUUUACCAUUGAUGAACAAAUUCUUCAAUUAUUUAGGGAUUUUGGUGUGUGAUUUAUGCUCAUAACUUAACGCGUCAAACACGGAUACAUAAAUCAGCACAAUCACCGAGCUGUAGCUGUCUUAUCAUAUUCAAUUGUGAACUUCGAUAGUGUGUUUUUGGUUGUACUGUUUUACGACUGUGGAGAAAACAGUAUACACGACCUCAUCAACCUAACCUUUAUUCGUGAAGAAUCAAAUAUUUAUGAUCAGUUAUUUACCACCUUCAGAGACAAAAAUGUUCAGUUUAGAGGGCGACGAUAAAGCCAAUAGAGGAAUGUUGACCAGUUUUCCAUCUGUUCCAUCUCCAUAUUUAAACUAUGACCCUCAACUUCUACCUCAGUCAUCCCAGCCAGAAUAUAUAUUUCUGGAAGGAGCUGGUUCCAAGCAACGUGGACGUUUUGAAUUGUCAUUUACUGAAAUUGGUACUUCAUGUUUGAUUGGUGCUACAAUUGGUGGCAUACGUGGAAUAUACAGUGGUAUAAAAAUGACAUCAAUGGAAAAUCAAACUAGUACAUACAAUAGAACACAGAUCUUAAAUAGUGUUUUUAAAAAUGGAGCACGCCUGUCUAAUACAUUUGGAACAUUAUCUGUAUACUAUAGUAUCUUCGGUAUCAUAUUAGAAAAAACACGGGGAUGUGAAGAUGAGCUUAAUACAAUUGUAGCAGGAACAAGCACCGGACUUUUAUACAAGGCUACAAGUGGUCUUAGAAGGUGUGGCAUUGGUGGUUUGAUUGGAUUCAGUCUUGCUACAGCAUUCAGUUUGAUUACCUCAAGAGAUAAAAUAAAAGAUAUGGGCAAAAACGUAUUUCAUUCCUAAAAAUGUUAACCAAAAUAAAAUGUUUGCAAAAAUAAAUGUUGAUAAUAGUUUUUAGAUACACAGUUUAACGCCUUUUAAUUGAUAAAAACUAUAUUAACUUGUUUGCAAGGGCGGAUCCAGAAUCUGAGUACAGGGGGGGGGGGGCACCUAAAUUAAAAAUAUUUAUAUGGUUCUGAUUUUUAAUAAUUAAUGAAAAAUUUUGGUUUUUGUAAACGUGGGCCAUAGUUCUUCUCCCUGGAUCCACCCUUGGUUGUUUGGAGUCCAGACUUAUUGAAUUUUAUUGAGUUAUAGUUAAAAAAAAAACAUUAUUAUGUGUAUAACAUAGAUAUUUUAAUAACAACAUUUAAAGUUUGUAAAUUGAAUUAAUUUUCAAUAUAACUUCUGUCGUGGUUUUGAUUUAAACAAUUUAUCAAAUCAUUUAGUUGAAAAGAAUAGUUAGCAAAAGCAAAUUAGUCUAUAUUGAAAAAUAUAAAAUGUAAUUCAGAUACAUUAUUCUAUUAUACAAUUAUCAGUUAAAGGGAUAUUCUGAACUUAAUGUUUAUUUGAUUAAUUGAUUUGCUAUUCAUCUAGUGUUAAUUUUAGUGACUGAUGUAAUUGUUAUUUGUAUAUAUAUAUUAUUUGGAAAGAUUAGAAAAAAAUUAGAUAUUUUGUUUGUAGUUUUAUUAAUUUAAAACAUUUGAGUGUAAUAAUCAGUUGGAAAUAAUAUCUAAUGUAGUCAAUGUCUAUUUAAAAAGAGCUUGACACAUUGAAUAUUGGAGCUCACAACCUUAAUAUAAUUAAUUAUGUUCGAUAAUAAAUCUAUAGAUACCAUCGUUUUAAUUUUUAAUCUUUAUGGCUUUUUUACAAUUCAUUAUUUUGGGUAUAACAUGUUACUUCAAAUUUUAUACUUAUUUACACUAUAUUAAAUUAAAUUAUCAUUUAAAUAAAAUCCUAUUUUACACGUAAAAUUGUUUUUGCCUUGCUACUUAAUAAAAUUAAUUCUCCAAAUAGUUAACUAGAAAACUAUCUUGUGAAAAAAUAAUAUUAU